CAGGAAGAGGGAAAUAAAGAGCCCCUCCAUGCCUCUGUCUGCUUUCUUUCCCCCCCCCCACCUCCUCCUCCUGCCUCCUCUACUUCACUGCAAAAUGUGAUAGAUAAAAGAUUCUCCCCUCCUUCCAUUGGCUCGCUUCUCGUGAUUGGCAAGCAGCUAAGGCCCGCCUCGCCGGUCUCUUUACAUGGAUCAGUCUGCUGUGUGUGCCUGAGCAUCAGAGAGUGGAGUGGAAACAGGAAGAGGAGGAGAGGGGAAGAAAGGAGACAGAGGAGAGAGGAUCGGGUGAGACAAGGUGGCGAGGAGUGAAAGAGAGGAAAAAGGGGAAGCAGAAGGGGCGUGUGUGGACCAAAGAGAACAAAGGCAAAAAAAACAAAAACAAAACAAAAGAAAAGAAAAAAGGAGCGGAGGAUGAGCAUUUCUAUUUAAAGGGAUCCGAGACUGCACGGGUCUGCUGUCUUGCUAUUCCUGACUGGCAGCAUCAUCGUAUUUAGACCAGAGUCUGUCCCCCCCGCCUUUUCUCUCAGUACUCAUUGCAAGGCUGUUCUUUGCUCUCAGGUGUGAAGUGGAGGGCCUCCCAAACACAGACCAAGACUGGCUGCAUGUAUCACCCAGCAGAGCUGUACUCUGGCCGUAACACAUGGGACUCCUAUCCAGCUGGAGGACCUAACAGAGGACAAUGGGCUCCUGUAAACAGUCGCCCCUAUGGCCAUGCACAAAGAUGCCAAGAAGGCCGCAAUCAAUCACACCAUCCACCAUCAAGUCGUCUUUAUAAUAGAGGGGAGAGAACAGUCAACCACAUCCAGGACAAAAGCAUCUCUAAGGGGCACAGACAGCCUCUUCGUCUUUGGGAUGGUAAAGACCGACCGUUUGAGGCCCAGAACUGGCAUCACAACUCCGCACGCUCAUUCCACAACCGCGCUGGCACCAAUAACGGUUAUCUAACAGGUCCAGGAGACCGCUACGCAGACUGGGACAACAAUGUCAGCAACUCUGUGCACGGGGGUCCUCGCCUUCACCGCAACAACAGAGAACUGCAGUCCCUGCCGGAGAGAUGGGCUCCCUCAGACUGCCGUAGGAGCUUUCCAGGCAGAAUGAUAAACAACAGACCAGGACCCUGGAAACGGCCAGUCCUCCAUCAGCGGCGAGAUCAACUCCACAGUCCACCUCCACAGCACCCUUUAUCCCCUAGGGAAGAGUGUCCGGCCAAGAGAAGAAGGGACUCUGCUCCUGAUCAGUCAUCUCAUCCUGGAUCAAGGCAUUUUCCUUUAGUUGCCCAUGCCCCUUCACCACCUCGCCACCACCGCUGCAACCAAGAUGACUGGAAGCCCCUUAAUGACAGGGGGGGUCCUUGCCACCACUCUGACCACAGGACCUCAGCAACACAGCAACAGGAAACCUCUAAACUGCGAGCUGGAGGACAUGGCUUCAGUAACGGUAAUCUAGCAGCUCUAAGUCAGAAUUGUGGCAGCAGACCACCGCAUCAUGGAAACAGAGGGAAGGUCGACCGGAAAAUCUCGUCUUCACCAGCAGACCACACCCGUGUGCCUUACAGCCACCAGAACCAUCAUUACCACUAUCAGCGGCACACAGGCCACCCCAGAGCCCUACAGCACAACCCAUCGCUACACCCUCUUGAGGAGAAAGACUCGCGGAGCUAUCACCACAAACAAAGCACAGAACCUCAGCGCACUCAUCAAAGGGGCAUUUCAAGGGAUCCAGCCCUCACCAAGUCUUCUGGUGCAGACACUCCUCCCUAUCCAUCCCUCCUCUGCAGUACUAAAGAUGGAGGUUCUACUGCCAGCAGUCCUCGUGCUCCUUCCAGUCCCUCUUCAUACGCAGCGACCAAUGGCAGAAAAGACCCAUCAAUCAUUCGUCAGUGUAGUCCCGGCCUCAGUGGACAGCAGAAACUCCAGGAAAGCCCUACUCACACCCAGAGACCUAGCCUGACAUCUACCACAUCUCUAAAAUCCAGGUUUUCGGACAGCAAAUACAGAAAGGCCCCACAACCCCUCGGCUCACGCCAGUCCCCCCACAGCAGGUCAAGAGUAAACAACGCCGAGAAGGAGUUGGAAGAACACAAAAAACCCGAUAAGGUGGUAAAAAAGGAGAGAAAGGGUGAAGUUCAAAAGACAAACAGAAAGGGUGAAGACCGAAAAAGGCGGAAGAAAAAAGAGGAAAAACGGUUGGCCGAGAGAAAAAAGAAAAAGGAUAGAGCGGCAAAGAAGGAGAGAAAGUUAGGCUUGAAAAGUAAAGUCACAGAAAAAGAAAUGUUUACUUCCAUCUCCACUUCCAACUCCUCAGGAGAGGCCAAAGUGAGCAAAAUGGAGACUGCGACUCUGUCCCCAGAAAAUCAAGGCCAGUCACCACCCAAACAUAAGCACAGGGUGAGGAGUGACCGAGCAGAGAGGACACACAGGCCGUCCACAAACACUCUUCAUCCCAGGUGCACUUCACCACAGCCAUACUCAAAAUCUGAUAAUCACAAAAUGCCCAAGAAGAACAGCGCUCCAAAACGUCCCGUCAAGGAACAGGUACUACAGUCUCUUCCCAGGAACACCCGUCCGAACCAGACCAGCAAGAAACCCUCCAAAGUCUCAUCGCAAUCGGAAGACGGACCAAAAGCAAAGUCAGACGAUACACUCCCAUCUCUUUUAUUUAAAGCCUUAGCACCUCUCACUACAGCUUGUUCUAUUAGCUUAGAGCAUCCCAUCCAUUGCAAAGAAGGUGGGCAGGGCGGUGUACUCAACGCCCCAGACCUACAGCCUGUGGCCGUGAUGGGAAAUUUGCAGGAGCUUGGAGACAACCUUGCGAAUACUCCGCCUGUUCUCAGCUGGCAGGGCUCUCCAGUAUCGGCUCUGGGAGAAGAUGAGGAGGAGCUAGAAAAGGGGGUGAUAAGUAGACCUGUCCUCCAGCCCAGCCCUACCCAGUGCUUUUCUCCUCCACCUGUUGACAGUGAGAGCGUUGAUGAUCUGAAUAAGGAGCCUUGUGAAGCUCCACCAUCUAAUUAUUCCCACAAUGUCACGUCUGACCUCUGUGAUCUACCGGUAAUGGAACAAGAUGCUGAGGAAGAAAAGGAAGAAGAAGAGGACAGCACUGGGGAAACUUCUGGCUCUCUUCUCAAUGAGCUUCGCCACCAUAAAACAGGUUUGGAUGAUGUCUUCAAGAGCCUGGCCACCUUUCUCGGAGGCCAGAGGGCCACAUGUCGAGGGGGUCCAUUCGGGGGUCCUCCUGCUGGCACCACCAGAGGAGUGAAAUACUCCUCUUCUCUAGAAUUGGGGCCAGAGAUUCACGAACAUCAGGAUUUCUCCCACAAAUCAGAUCCGCCAGCAUCUUCCAAACCUGAUAAUCAAUCACCAACUCACACUACCUCAGACACACUCUUGAAAUCCCACAGUCCAACACAUCUGAAGGAACCUGUCUCGGACUCCCCGGUGCAAAAGAAGCAGGAAGAAAUUGAGAGUGAUAUAAAAGAGAAACGAGAGGGUAAGGAUGCAGAGAUCCUCCCAGAGAGGAGCGAGUCAUCGCUCCUGGAGAGGUCACUGAGUGCAGAGCUGAGCUUGACCACCACACACACAGCCUCCAUCACCAGCCUCAUUACUGUCUCUGCCAUGGAAAAGCGAGGAAACAGCAAAGAGAGGCAACACGUGGGUGCAGAGAGAAAAAGAAAACAGAAGACUAAGGAUGGAGGAAGAGAAGGGGAGAUCAAGAUUAAGAUAAAGGCAGAAGAAAGCAGUGUCAGCUGUUCUAAAAACAAAGCAAAUGAAAUAAGCGGUUUGGAAGAAAGGGAUGUUUCAUCUUCAGUGCUUGUCAUCUCUAGAAACUCACCCAGACCUCUCAAAGAUGGUACGAAGGGCCAGAUUCCUCAGGAAAAUCAAACCCCGAAUGGCAAAGGCAUCCAGAGAGAAAAAAUGGACACUCAGAACGCCGAGGGGAAAAUGUUAACGGCGAAGAAAGAAAGUGUCGUUGAGUUAGAAAAUCUGAUAUCCUCAGCAGCUGGAAACACAAAUACCAAGACUUCGAGCUCAGCGUCAACCAUAACAAUCAACACAUCCAAAUUAUCUGCGUCCACACCAGCAAGUAAACCUCCCUGCUCAUCUCCAGUUGACCCACUGAAACUGAAAGCAUUGUCCAUGGGUUUGUCUAAGGAGCUAAAGAUCCUCUUGAUUAAAGUGGAGAGCGCCGGAAGACAAACAUUCAACAUCUCCGAGGUCGAGGGGCAAAGAAUCCCGCUUUCCAAGAUUGGCAUCAGUAACACGGCCACUGAAGUGAUCAGAGCUUGCAAGGGGAUAAGCGUGAAAGGGAAAUUCAAGGAGUCGUUCCUGCUUCCUGCCUUUUCUGUUAAACCUCGCGUUUCCAUUGACAUCCCCAUUCCUCGAGAGAAACUCAACCCUCCUACACCAAGCAUUUAUUUGGAGAGCAAGAGGGACGCCUUCUCUCCAGUCCUGCUCCAGUUCUGCACUGAUCCCAAAAAUGCCGUCACUGUCAUCAGAGGCCUUGCUGGCUCUCUCCGCCUUAACCUUGGUCUGUUCUCCACCAAAUCUCUGGUGGAGGCCAAUGCGGAGCAUGCGGUGGAAGUGAGGACUCAGGUUCAGCAACCCGCUGAUGAGAACUGGGAUCCCAGUGGUGCGGCGCAGACGUGGCCGUGCGAAAGCAGCCGCUCACACACGACUAUUGCCAAAUACGCCCAGUACCAGGCCUCCAGCUUCCAGGAGAGCCUACAGGAGGAGAAGGAGAGUGAGAAUGAAGAGGAAGGAGAGCAGGACGAGUCCUCUGAAGCAUCAGCCACAACAAAAGCUGGUCUGACACUAGCCGACAGUAAAGCCGCUGCCAUCUUCAGCAAAGCGCAAUCUGUUAAUGCCACCGGCGCACCCAGCUCAGAGCAGAAAACAGCGGGGAAGAUCAUUAAAUUCGGGACCAAUAUUGAUCUCUCUGACCCUAAAAGGUGGAAGCCCCAGCUGCAGGAGCUGCUGAAGCUGCCAGCUUUCAUGCGCGUGGAAUCCAGCAACAACAUGCUCAGUCACGUCGGUCACACCAUCCUGGGCAUGAACACAGUCCAGCUUUACAUGAAGGUGCCAGGCAGCCGAACGCCAGGUCAUCAAGAGAACAACAAUUUCUGCUCGGUCAACAUCAAUAUCGGGCCCGGUGACUGUGAGUGGUUUGCUGUCCAUGAGCACUACUGGGAGUCUAUCAAUAAGUUCUGCGAGAAGCAUGGAGUGGACUACCUUACAGGGUCCUGGUGGCCGGUUCUGGAAGACCUCUACAGCUCCAACAUUCCUGUGUACCGUUUCAUUCAGAGACCUGGAGACCUGGUGUGGAUCAAUGCGGGGACUGUACACUGGGUCCAGGCGGUGGGCUGGUGCAACAACAUCGCCUGGAACGUGGGACCACUCAACUCGUACCAGUAUCAACUCGCCCUGGAGCGCUUCGAGUGGAACGAGGUGAAGAAGGUUAAGUCGAUCGUCCCCAUGAUCCACGUUUCCUGGAAUGUGGCUCGCACCAUCAAGAUCAGCGACCAGGAUACCUUCAAGAUGAUCAAGCACUGCCUGAUGCAGUCCAUCAAGCACAUCCAGAUUCUGAGAGACCAGCUGGUGGCUGCAGGGAAGAAGAUCUGUUACCAGAGUCGUGUGAAGGACGAGCCAGCCUACUACUGCAACGAGUGUGACGUGGAGGUGUUUGACCUGCUGUUUGUGACCAGCGAGAACAGCAGCAAGAAGAGCUACGUGGUGCACUGUGAGGACUGCGCCCGUGCUAAGAGCCCAGGGCUGGCAGGUGUAGUGGUGCUGGAACAGUAUCGGAUAGAGGAGCUGAUGAAAACCUACGACAGCUUCGUGCUGGCUUCAUCACCCUUUUCAAAAUGAGGACUCCUCGCUGGUGUCUUUCAGCCAUAACCAAAACUCUAAUGGCAGCACAAAUGUUGUCUUCAAAGGCAAUCUAUUCCUGAAAAACAGUCUCUGAAUCAGCCAAUCACGUUUACUCAGUAUUGUUUACAUCACACAAUAAAGGUAUGGAUACUCAGCCAAUCCAACUAUAGCUCACUGUCUUCCCCAUACCAGCUGCUGAUUGGACGUGUGUUUUGAAAUAGAAUGACUAGACUGGUACUUCUCAUGAAAAGCAUUUCAGAAAAAAAAAAAAAAAAUGUGAGCACUGCUAGCACUGAAAAUCAGGUUUAUAUGUUCAACGGACACUGCUGUGAUUCAAAAGCGUCAAGUAGCCGGUUCUGUGUAUUGAUUCAGGUACUUUUAUGCAAAUUCAGUAGAACUUUUUUACACCAAUCUAGUUAUUCUAUAUGUCCAUGAAUUUGCUGUGAUUCUGUUGUACCAGCAGGGGAAUGGCUUCACAGGAGAAGUAGCUGAUUGUCACAUUUGGCAUCAUAUUGGUUCCUGUUUUUGUUUGGUAUUCAGGUAAACUCUGACAUUUGUAAUUCCUGUCUGUACACUCUUGGAGGUGCUAUUCCAAUCUUAUUUAUUCUCGUUAGAUACUUAAAAAAGUUUUACCAGCCUAGAAGUACACCACAUUGGCCUUGCGAACUGUAUUUAGAGGAGAGGUAAUUAGAGGAUUAAACACCCACAAAUGAGGUUUUAUGUAAGUAUUAAAAAAAAAUAAAAAAUUAAACAAAAACUUUUAUCAGUUUCUCUAAAAUACGGGUUUACUAGAGGACUAAUAUGGUUUCAUUCUUAGUUGGAAAUCAAGUAUGUAGAUGGAAAAAUUCAUUUUUUUUCUGUUUUCCAGCUAAGUCCAGCUAAAUAGUCUUUGCUGUGGUUUCUUUGAUACACCCAGAAAAACAGACACAGUGUCGUUUUUAUUUUUGGAAUGGGAAAACAAGUCCCAGUUUUAUACCUCUUUUGUUGCUAUGUUCUUGUUUCUAGAUGACAGAGAAAAAUAAAUAAUUGUAAAUUGUGAAUGAAUUUAUGGGAUACACAGUGGUGUGCACAGACAGGCUACAGAGAGCGGGGCGGGGAGGGGGGGUCGCCAUUGAUGUUUGUGUUAAUGAAGUGUCCGUUACAGUCUGAAAAAAGUCCAAAGAGACACACAAUCAUAAUCUUCUAAUGCAAAAAGCCACUGAUGAGGCAACGAAAGGCCAAACAGACGAGCAGACUGAAUGGCACCUCAUUGUUUUUACUGUGCCCCAAACAUCUGUCCUGAUGAGGCUCAGCUCCGUGCACUGCCACAGGGUUUAGUGUAUUGUGUUUCCAGUUUAACAUGAAGAGCACAUGAAUUGAGACACAGCAAGUCAUCUUUUUUUUCCAAGUCUCUCCAAGAUUUUUGUUGAGGCUGCAUUUUCCAACCUUUGCCUUUUUAAAGGUCCAGUGUGUAAUAUUUAAGGGGAUGUUUUGGCAGAACUAUGUUUCCAUCAGUCUAUAUUAACCUAAAAAUGAAAAAUUAUGUUUUUUUAUUACAAUAGAAGAGAGGGAGGGAGGAAGAAGGUUAGGGUUAGUUUGUUUAGCCACCGUAAUUCCUCCUUCACACUUGAAACGGAGGGUGAGGCGAGUGGUCUUAAGUUGUUUGCAAUCUGCGACUUCACCACUAGAUGCCACUAAAUCCUACACACUGCACCUUUUUUAAAUGUAGUUAUAAUUCAAAGGUGACAAAAUGUAUACAGUUUCAGUAGAGCGUGACCGAUACAAGAUACUGUAUCUGAUACUGAUAUUAUUUUACAAUACAUCGGCCAAUGGUUAUUUGUUUUGAAUAAAGACAAUAUACAACUACAAUUUUGACCAAGAUGCAUACAUUAAAACCUUGUUUGGCUUUUCCAUACUACAAUU